ACACAGCACAAGAGGAAAUUAUAGAGAGGUAGAGACGACAGCAGUAGCAGUAGCACUUUUAGCUAAUGGUAAAGUUGUCUAGCUCAUCUGAACACAAUGGUUGUUCCAGAUUCAGAGGACAACGUGUUCUACCCACCCAUAGAUCUACAGCAGGAUGCUCAUGUACCAAAUUUUAACAGUUAUUUGGAACUCUACAAGAAGUCCAUUGAGAGUCCAGAAGCUUUUUGGAAAGAUGUGGCAGAUGAGUUCUUUUGGAAGAAACCUGCAACGGGACCAAUUCUUCAGUACAACUUUGACGUGACAAAAGGAAAUAUCUUUGUCAAAUGUUUGGAAGGCGCAAAGACAAAUAUAUGCUACAACGUCCUAGACCGGCACGUCAAAGAUGGAAACCUGGGAGACAAGGUGGCCUAUUACUGGGAGGGUAACUCUCCAGACCAUCAUUCAGAAAUCACCUACAAUCAGCUGUUGAGCCAGGUCUGCAGAUGUGCCAAUGUGCUCAAGAAAAUGGGCGUGCAGAAGGGAGACCGCGUGUCCAUCUACCUCCCCAUGGUCCCAGAGCUGGUCUACUCCAUGCUGGCCUGUGCGAGGAUAGGGGCCGUGCACUCUGUAGUGUUUGCAGGUUUCUCAUCUGAGUCUCUGUGUGAGAGGAUUGUCGAUGCCCAAAGUUCUGUCCUGAUCACAGCAGAUGGAGUGUAUCGAGGAGAGAAGUUGAUAAACCUAAAGCAGAUUGUGGAUGAAGCUCUGGAGAAAUGCAAGGAGAGGGGCUGUUCCAGUGUGACCAAGUGCCUGGUGGUUAAACAUCAGGCUCUGAGGACCAAGAGUGGAGCUGCCUGCAAUAAACUACAGACGCCCUGGGACCCCUCAUGUGAUGUUUUUUGGGACGAUGCGAUGAGGGACAGCUCUGAUCAGUGUGAGCCCGAGUGGAUGGAUUCAGAAGACCCUCUGUUUAUACUCUACACCAGCGGGUCCACAGGCAAACCCAAGGGUGUCCUCCACACAGUAGCUGGGUACCUCUUGUACACAUAUCUGACAUUUAAAUAUGUUUUUGAUUACCGCCAUGGAGACGUGUUCUGGUGCACUGCGGACAUUGGUUGGAUCACCGGUCACUCCUACAUCACCUACGGACCUCUGGCCAACGGUGCUACAAGUGUACUGUUUGAAGGGAUCCCCACCUAUCCUCAUGUGGGACGACUUUGGGAAAUCAUCCAAAAAUACAAAGUGACCAAGUUUUACACAGCGCCCACUGCCAUCCGCCUGCUCAUGAAGUACGGACGUGAGCCUCUGCAAAAGUAUGACCUGUCCAGUCUGCAGAUCCUGGGGUCUGUGGGGGAGCCCAUAAACCCAGACGCUUGGCUCUGGUAUCACUCUGUGGUGGGACAGGGACAGUGUCCUGUGGUUGACACUUUCUGGCAAACUGAGACCGGCGGUCAUGUGCUCACUCCUCUUCCUGCUGCCACUCCACUGAAACCUGGUUCUGCAACGUUUCCAUUCUUCGGAGUGGAGCCAACCAUUUUGAAUGAACACGGAGAGGAGCUAGAGGGAGAGGCUGAGGGGUAUCUGGUCUUCAGGAGGCCGUGGCCCGGGAUCAUGAGAGCACUGUACAAAAACCAGGAGAGAUUUGAAAACACGUACUUCAAGAAAUUCCCAGGUUUCUAUGUGACUGGAGACGGCUGCAGGAGAGAUAAAGAUGGAUAUUAUUGGAUCACAGGAAGAAUAGACGAUAUGCUCAAUGUGUCAGGUCACCUGCUGAGUACCUCAGAGGUAGAGGGUGCCCUGACAGAGCACCCUGGGGUGGCAGAGGCUGCUGUGGUAGGGCGCCCCCAUCAGGUGAAAGGGGAGUGUCUGCACUGCUUUGUCUCUUUGAAGGGCAGCACUGAGUUUAACCACAGCCUGGUGCAAGAGCUCAAGACUCUGGUGAGAGAGAAAAUUGGACCAAUAGCUACACCAGAUUUCAUCCAGAAUGCUCCAGCUCUACCCAAAACUCGCUCAGGUAAGAUCUUGAGGCGAAUUUUGAGGCAGAUCGCUCGUAAUGACAGAGAUCUGGGAGACCUGUCGACUCUGGCUGACCCUAAAGUCGUGGAACAACUGUUUAACCAAAGGAAUGAAGGGUCUGCGUGAGAGAGAAGGGGAGGAAGAGGAAAGUGCGAGAGAGAGGAGGGGAGAGAGAGAGGGAGGAGGGGAGAGAGAGAGGAGAGAGGGAGAGGACUGUCAACUCUGGCAGAUCUUAAAGUCGUGGAACAAUUGUUAAGGGAAAGAAGAGAGGGAGAGAGGGAAAGGCGAGUAAGGGUGAAAAAAAGAGGGGAGAAGGAGUAGGAAUGAGGGCACAUGAGAGAAGAGAAGGAGGGAAGAGGGUGACAGAGAGUAGGAGGAGGGAGGAGAUAAAAGAGGAAAGGGAAAGAUAUAGCAUAAAAAAGGAUGAAAGAAGAGAGAAAGGGGGAUGCAGAUAAGGAAAUCAGCGAGAAGAGGAGGAAGGAGAGAUUGGAGGCGUAUGAACUUGCAGUGGUACAAACUGUCACUGAUGAGUGCACUACUUUGUUCAAACCAAACAAGCUUUAUAUAACUGUAGAUUCAAUGUGAAACAGCACUAUACACUGUACUGUAUAUGGAGUUUAAAUGUGACUAACAGGCCAGGACAUGAAUGCAUUUAGUUCUUGAAUGCCCUAGAACUAUUUGAGGUGAUUUGAUGCUAUCACAGUAUGAAAUGGUAUUGUCUUUCCAAUUCCCCUGUAUCUGUACGUUUGUUUUGUGUCACGAUAACUAGUGCUGCUUUUAAAGAUUUUUGUAAAUUGCAUGGUUGCCACAGACAGUAUGGAAAUGCGUUUUGGGCCAAA